GACGCACACACUCAACUACGUGCGCCGUGCGGGAGGGCGCCACCGGCGACGACGCGCGCACCAAUGGCCGCCCGCCCCGCGCUUCCCGCGCUGCUAGAGUCCGCUGUGAGCCGCGUCAACGACCCCGCGCUCGCGCUUACAAUCUUAAUCUUAUAUACUUUUCACUCGUAUUCUUAUAUCGUUCCAUAUUGUAACAGUUUCUUAUUUUACAUCAUUAUAACAUAUUAUACAGUCCACCGUUAUUAUUUACUCCACCUACUGAGCCAUCGUCGCAACAUAUGGUCCUUCUCCCAUCAACAUUUGAACCGACGCGACGCGACGACGCGUCUUGAGAACAAAGAAAAAUUCAAAUUUGACCAACGAUUAUGCAAGUCAUCCAGCAGUGAACAUUUUUUCUGCGGUCUUCAUACAUCGUGUCGGCAUCGAAUUUUCAUCGUGUAUACUUCAACAUCAUCGUUCGCAUUUGGUGCAUCGUGAUUAUUGGCACGGCGUCACUUACGCCAUCUUAGCCGUCUUCAAACCAACGAACGAAGAAUUUGGUACGACAUCAACUCAGCGGUUGCAAAUACACGUCUUCGGAUUGUCGUCGUGCAUCGAGAAACGUGAAGAAUCUCCUCGUCACAAUCAACAUUUGUGGUUUGCGGCAACAUAACCGUGAGAUCGUUCCAAUUAUUCCAUACAUUUUCCAUAAUCAUCAUCAUCGUAGUUAUCAUAUUUCCUUAGUUACAUCCAUUCAUUUCAUUCGUUUCAUCGCAUUAGUAUUUUGCAAGUCAUUCAAAUCAUUUUCUUCGGCCUCCAUUGAAUUUAGACUGUUACACACUGCAUGUCGCUUAGGCGCCUUGAAAAAUUUUCAUAGCAAAGCAUGCCCUUGCUUUUAGCUCAAUCAUACUUUUCGUAACAAAUUGCCUUUAAUUAUUUGCUAGGCGUUUUGCAAUUGUAUACGCCUUGUAAAUUUUUUAUAGCAAAUCGCAACUUUGCAUGUCGUGGCUUAAAAAUUUCAACAGGCCUUUAUAUUUCUUUUGUUUUGCAUUCACCCGUGUUUAGCUUACAGCUUAUUAAACUAAUUUAAAUCAAGCAUGACUGAUAUCAAAAGCCUUAUUAAGAAGCGAGCUUCGAUUAAAGCUAAGCUUACGCUAUUUUCCACUUAUUUAAACGUAGUCAAGUCUUGCGAAAAGUUAAGUGAGAUUCAGCUCAUUGAAAUUGAGCAGCGACUGAAUGCAUUCGAGAGCUUAUAUGAAAAAUAUGACACGUUACAGAUUCACCUGGAAGAAGCAGUGGACGAACCCAGCGAGCAAUAUGCGGAACGCGAGACAUUCGAGAACCUGUACUACGCGUUGGUUGCUUCUGCACGCCAGCUAGUCGGCAGCGCUCGCAAGCAUCUUACGGGAGACUCCGCGUCCGAGGUGGUAUCUGGUUCUUCUCAUACACACAAUCAUUCAUCUGUGCGAUUACCCAAAAUUGAUUUACCGAAAUUCUCCGGCAGCUAUCAUGACUGGUUAGAAUUUAGGGACACCUUUAUUUCCAUCAUACACAAGAAUGAAGGUAUCGAUAAAAUUAAUAAACUGCACUAUCUUCGUGCUUCGUUGAAGGGUAGUGCCUCUCUUAUUAUAGACAAUUUAGACUUCAGGUCAGAUAAUUAUGACGCUGCUUGGAAGUUGCUCUGCUCGAGAUACGACAACAAAAGACUGCUUGUAAAUAAUCAUGUUCAAGCACUUUUUAAUAUAAAUAGCAUCAACAAGGAGUCCAGUAAGGCAUUGCGUCAUUUAGUUGAUACAAUCAAUAAAAAUUUAAGAGCCUUGUCCACUCUUGAUCAGCCAGUUCAGCAUUGGGACACUCUUAUUAUUUAUAUCAUGACCAGUAGGCUUGAUCAAGUGACGAAUCGUGAGUGGGAAGAGCACAGGAAUUCGUUAAAUGAUCCUCCAACUUUAGACAUCUUCAUAAAUUUCAUUAGUAACAGAGCUGACUUAUUGGAGACACUUGAAGAGUCUAGACCUUUAAAAUCUAGAGCUGAAGGUGCAGGUGAGGGUAAUCAUAGGUCGAAAGCGUUUGCAUUAACAUUCGAGUCCUCUCACUCAAAGGUCGUAUUUUGUCCCAUGUGUAAGGAGAAACACUUCAUUUUUCAAUGUGACAAAUUUAGAAUUCUGCCUGUUCAGGAUAGGAUUAAGAAAGCUCACGCUUCUAACGUUUGUUUAAACUGUCUUCGACCAGGGCAUCAUGCACGAAAUUGCAAAUUAGGUCAUUGUAAAUACUGUCCUGAAAAACACAAUACUUUGCUUCACACAGACAAAGAAUCUCCUCGUACACAAAACAUUGUUCUUUCUGCCAAUCACCUUAAUACAUCAAAGGUUGUAUUACUGUCCACAGCGGUCGUGAAGGUGUCAGACGCUGCAGGCAAUCUUCACGAUGCCAGGGUGUUGCUGGACAACGGAAGCACGGCGAACUUCAUAUCUGAAGACUUCUGCCGCAAGCUACGUAUCCACAUUUAUCCCGUUAAAUCUAAUGUGAGAGGCAUAAAUGACCAGGCAUCAGCUUGCUCACAUGGCUGUACAAUUCGAUUAAAGUCAGACCAUAGUAAUUUUGAAGUAGGACUAGAUUGCUACGUGUCAUCCUCCAUUCCUAACACAUAUGUUCAUACGGAUAACAUCAGUUUACCUAGCAACAUAGUUCUUGCCGACCCUGACUUUUAUACUCCGUCUUCCAUCGACAUCCUUGUCGGAGCGGAAAUAUUUUGGGGUAUCAUAGGCAUGAAUCGCAUUACACUAGGUAAAAACAUGCCCACAUUAGUUGAGUCGAAAUUAGGUUGGCUCGUAACAGGCGUGUUACAGCAACCUAAUCAUUCAUCCCCUAACAUUUCUUCCUUUGUAACGCUUUUGGGAACUAGAUUCAGUAAAUCCACAGCACAAACAGACAUGCGAGGAGCGAUCCUGCGAAGACAUUUUCGUAGAGACCACAUAUCGUGA